AUGGACUUAGACGAGUCAAUGGAGUUGUUCGACACUUUGGGAAACAGCAGCGAGUCAGAGGUUUGUUCAACCCUCACCAACAGCAUCUUCGACGAUUCAGUGUCAGCCCGAUCCGGCUCCGUCAACCCCAUGUCACUGUCUCUUGAGCUACCCUUCCCAGUAUUCUCCGACCUGACAACAGACUCGCAAAGCCUGAAGCUCUUGCAUCACUUUUUCAGCACCCUGUCACCGCUUAUCGUCUUUGUUGAACAACCGCACAACUCUUUUCAGGACCUCAUCCUACCCAUUGCCUACGACAACUCACCUGUCUUCUAUGCGAUCUGUGCUUUUGCCUGUGGACACUUGGAGCAUACUGGCGUCUAUGAGUCUAGACACUCGUCCGAGUACAGAGCUUUGGCGGCCAAAGGUGCUUUCGAGUUGGUGCAGUGGAAGUGCCAGCAUGAAGAGGUUCUCGCAACCGUUAUGCUGUUGGCAUAUUAUGAGGCACUCACGUCGUCUAAUGCCCCUGACAUGUUCGUCGGACACUUGAAAGCGGCAUUUCUGGUCAUCAGCUCUAUCCCCGAAUCCGAACGAAGUCCUGCAGUCUGCUUUCUGGAGAAGGCCUUUCACUACUUUGACGUGAUCUCUUCCUUAUCGCUUGGGAUCAGCCCGGUUUCAGCGGUUUCCGUAGCAGACUACACCUACCCGCUGGCAGUCAUGACAUCCCCAAGGCCUAACGAGAUCAACAAUGCUGACCCGUUUAUGGGGUUGGUGGGCGACCUGUGGCCAGUAUUGUACCGUCUCAGCAUCGCAAUGUCGCUGAAGGAGGAUCUUGAAGCAGCCAUCGCAGCCAAUCAAGGGACCAAAGCAGCCGUUCUCAGGGUCGAAUACGAGUCAAUAACAAAAUCGACAGACAAGGCCCUUCAAAGCUGGCAACCAUCCGUCGACCCGAGCAACAUCUUGAUGUCUCUGGAGGAAGAUGGGAACGCUCAGCAUCAGCAUCUCGAGGCCAUGGUUCAUAACGCUCAAGCCUAUCGCCAUAGCGCACUGGUAUAUUUACAUCGAACUGUGUACGGCUACCCUAUCAGCCAUCCCGAAGUUCAGAAGAACACUCAUUUGUCUCUGGAGAGCUGCAUGGCGGUCAUCGCCUCUGGGGGACCCGCAAACGCGCUCUUGUGGCCUUUAUACGUGGCUGCAUGCGAGGCCGUGACGAAUCAUGACCAGGGACUAGCGAAAUCAGUGUUUUUGGAGAUUGGAAGAAGGCAAGGUAUGGUCAACAUUGAACGGGCGCAGGGGACUGUUCUUCAACGAUGGGCCGGGGUAAGCGGAAACGGCUUAAUAGGGCGUGAGAUGGACACAUGGGCCAGAACUACAGGAGGCAUGGUGCAUAGCAUAAUAUUAGGCUAA